CUACGGAGACCCUGACAUUGACAAUGUCACCGACAGGCGGAGACGCUGUCCCCGCUCGAUCAUCGCCCAUUGAGGGAUCUCCGAAGGGGACCCCGGAUCCUCGCCAAAGCGUCGAUCGAUCUCCAUAUGCAGCGCGGGGGUUGUUGGGUGUUUCACCACACAGCGGUGGUCCGGAGGUCCGGUUGGGGAAUCGGCGCCGCGGUACCGUUUCGCAUGCGACUGACAGCGUCGUUGGGCCGGGCGUGACACCCAUCUCGCCUUUCGCCGGUGUGUUGGGGGCAUCUCCGCCGGGUGUGGCCGGGUUCCGUGACGCGGGCACGUUUGUAUGGUCACAUGCGGUGGCCCCGCCAUGUCCUGCUGGAGGCGGUUCGCUUCCAGGAGAUUGCAGCGACGCUUUGCGUUCUCCACCCGUUUCAUGUCGACGAGUCAUCGACGAGGCGGCGGGUUCGUUUGCGGUGCCGCCUCAGGCUCCCUUUGUCGCUCCAGAUUCCACACCUCCGUUUGACGAUGCGGAUAACUCAGUGGCAAUCGGCGGCACGUCGUGUUCGAGCGGUAACAGCAUCGUGCGAAUCUGUGUGUGGGACGCGUGUCGGAGACGGUUGUACGCUCUCCGCGACGCCAUGGCCGACCUGGGUGACCAGCGCGGACCGGUCAGCGACGUUAUUGAUCGGCUGCUGCACUGGUCCUUGCCAGCCAUCCGAGCGGAGUUUGGAGACGAGGUAGGAGAUGCGAUUUCUUCUUCGUUGCCAUCUCGGGUGUGCGGUCGAGAUUUCACGUUGCGUUACAUGCCAGGCGAUUCGGGUGUUGACUACGGUCAGGGGGGUUCGCACGGUUCAGCGAGCGGAGGCUUGGGGAUGUGCUCGGUGCACAAACCCACAUUCUACAAGUUUAUGCACACUGAACCGGGGGGGGCGGAGGGGUGGAAUGCCAAGGUCGUACGGCAGGGCAUAAAAUAUUGCGAGCUUGUCAUUGACCCUGUGAUGCGCCGUGGUGAGUCUGUGACAUUGAUGGUUGAUGGUCGAUAUGACUCUGCCAGAGGCGCGCAGCAUUGCACUGUCACCACGAUGGAGUACGAGACUCGGCUUGUUGUAGGUGUUCACACUCUCCGUCCGAAGAUUGAAGGUAAGGCAUCGAAUGCGCUUGAGGUGCCAGCCGUCGUGCAACUUUUGCGAUGGCUGAUGGACAAGGGGUUGAAGAUCCGGUGCGUUGUCUCGGAUGAUUGUGCGGCGCUGGGACCGAAGUUGCGAGCUAUGAACAUCGAGUGGCAGAAGGAUUGCCACCACAAAAUAAAAAAUAUUCGAAAGCACUUCCACAGUAUGCUGCAACUUAAGGAAGCGAAGAAAGUGAGCAGCCCGCACGACUGUGUAUCAGAGGCGCAGUUCAUGCAGUUCACGAAGAAGCGGCUAAAGGAGGCGUUGGAGCAACGUUUUGGACCUGACGUCCUCACACCUGUUGAGGAGCGGCUGAAGAAAUCGGACUUCGUCGCUGUCGUCAUGCGAAAGAUGUACCCCUACGGAUCGAGGUUGAAUCCUCAAGCGUGGGAGACUGAUCCAGACGGCUUGACAGAGUAUCAUGCGCAUGAGGUUGGGAUGUGGUUCCUCCGCGCUUGCCAGCUGAGGAUCACAUUGUCGUAGUUCAAAACCUCGAAUGAUUGUAUCUGGUCAUCGUUCCCGCAUUGUCGUUUGGAACUCAUCUGGCAAUAUCUGUCGGAAAACG